AUGUCACCUCUUCUUUGGGAGAAGAAACUCUUGGAAGUCCCUAGCUUUGCAACUGUCAUCCCUGUUUUGCAGAAGGGGCUAGAGGGAAACUUUUCCAAGGUUUCUGUCAGAGAAGUGGAUUGUCCUGACUUGACCCAAUCACCAUUCCAUCUUGCAUCUCAUGGAUUAUGUGGCUCACCAUUGGCAAUGGACAUCGGAGGAGUCCCCUACCUCUUCCCCUCUGUCAAUCGAGAGAAGCUCUAUGAUCUCCGUGAUGUCUCUGCAGCUGUUGGUCUUCAGGAUGUCUUCAUGAUUGGAGCUGGGGCUGGACCUUGGGACUAUGUUGGUGUGAAUUCUGAGAUGAUGCCCAACAUGCACUUGGGUGGUGAAGUAGGUGUGCAGAACUGCUCCCAUGUAUCCAUUGUUGGGAAACAGGGAAAGUGUGUGUUGAAGCGCUUGCCAGAUGACCAGCCAAGAGGUGCAGUCACGCUCAACAUAUUUGCUUCUAAGGGACUUCCUGGCAAGGUGAUUGAGGUGGUUGCUGAGAGGCGAACUGGAGAGGAGAACUUCAUUAGUUGCAUGCAAAAGGCAUUAAAAGAGGAAUUCAAGGAUUCCACCAUUGCUGUUGGUGGAACAUUUUUGAUUGAGAAAGGGAAGGCAAAGUGUCAUGUCAUGCCUGAUUUCUCUGAGGUUCCUCUUCAUACCAACCAAGAAGUUAAUUCAUGGCUCCGGUUCUACAAUAUGUCUGCCCCACUUAUCUGCUUGAGUCUCUUCUAUUCUCAUGAUCCUGGGUUGGAUCUGAGGAUUGAGCAUACUCAUUGCUUCAGCACACAUGGAGAAGGAGGUCAUUAUCAUGAAGAUGUAACACCAGAUGAAGUGUCAUAUCGUGGCUACUUCAACCUGGCCUCUGCCAUUGUCCGAUUUGACCGACCUGCAGCAACACACAGCAUUGAUAUGGAUGAAAUUCCUGCGACUCAAGUAAUAGAUCUAGGAUUGGAUGAUUCUUCCUCACAAGAUGAAGAGGAAGAAGGGAAAAAGGUGGCUGAGCUAAUCGUGUCAGAGUCUGAAAAGUACCCUAUUUACAAAGGAGAGAAUCGCAUCGGGAGGAAUCCCGAUGGGUCCGUUGACAUACUCCUUGACCACCCAGUUAUUCUGGAACCAGAGGCUUGGUAUUUCCUUCGAAAUGGGGAGGCAUUGACAUUUGGGAAUGUGAAAUGCAUCUAUGCAUAUGUGGAUGAGGAUGAGCCAUUGAUGGAGUUUGAUGAUCCUGUUCCUGAAACAGAGGACUGGACCAGUCAGUCCAUUCCCACUCCUCCCACUCUUGUUGAUGAGGAGGCUGACACCAGUGAGAAGGAAGAGAGGGUUCUUGCUGAAGAGACACUUGCUCCCCAGGACAAGGACUGUGAAGGACCAAUGAGAAAAAGUGUAUUGGUAAUUGAUGAGUCCCAUCUCAUUGAGGAAGAAGGGAAGUCUCCAGACUCAAGUCUCAUCCCAACAUCACAGUCAGUCCCAUCCAAGAAACCGCUAUCCAUCCCAUCAAAGGCUGAGCAUUCAACUGCAUGUGUCCCUGCAAGUGAUGAGGAAGAUGAUGAUUCAAUUAUAGCAUCUACACAGCCCAACACGGCACAGCACUUAUCAUCAGGCUCGACUGACAGUGAACCUGAGACUCAGGACUUCCAUUUGUCAGGUGUGGAAACAAUAGAGGAAGAUGACAUGUCAUCUGGCCGUUCCACUCUGGAAAUGGAUCUUGAUGCAGAUAUCCCAUCUCCGCCUUUGAAACCCAUGGAUGAUGAUGCACCAAUCCAGAUGGGUGAUGUGGGAUCCAGCCCAUCAGCAGCCAGAAGAGAUGAGCUUGAUGAGGAACCUCCUCAUGAUAAUGAAGAUCAGGAGCAUCCUCCAGAAUCCAUCAAAUUGGAUGCCACAGCACAGAAAGUGCCUUUGUGUUUCAGUCCGUCAAGGCACAUCAGCAAACAGCAGUCUGGUCAAUCUUCUCAUGAUAAUGAUGAGGAUGUUCCAACACAGAUUGCUAUAGACUUCAGUGUACCCUGUGAUGUGUUGGAAGAUGAUGAGGACAGUACCAGUGUGGAUUUAGAUGCUGCAACUCAGCCAGCAAGAAGGGAUUCCAUGUCUGUAACAGAGGGAGAUGAUGAAGAUAUUGAUGUGGUAUCCACACAGGCAGUACAAAGACCUCCAGGAGGUUCCAAUCAGGUGGUUAAGAGACGUGUUAACUUCAUUGAUCCUGAUGCUCCCACACAAUUAGUCAAAUUUCAUCAUCUGGAAGAAGAGAUUGAUUUUGAUUCUCCGACUCAGGUGGUACGAAAACCCCCUGGGAAGUACUGUGAUUCUCGUACAAGGAGAGAGAUGAAUGAAGACAUUGGAGGCAGUGAUUUGCCUGAAUCUGUUGAGAGAGAUGAUGAAAUAAAACAUGAUGCUCCCACCCAGUUAUUUAAAAGCCAUGUCAUUGAAGAGGAUGAUGAUAUGCCCACACAGAUAGUUGCAGGUUUCAAUGAGCCCUGUGAUGUGUUGGAAGAUGAUGAUGAAGAAUAUAUCAAUGUGGAUUUGGAUGCUGCAACUCAGCCAGCCAAAAGGGAUUCUGCUUCUGCUGUAGAUGAAGAUGAUGAAGAUAUCGACCUUGUCCCAACACAGGUGGUUAGAGGUCGUGAAGAUACAUCCCAGGUGAUUAAAAAAAGAGUUAACUAUGUUGAUCCUGAUGCUCCCACACAAGUUGUUAAAGUACAUUUUCUUGAAGAAGAAAUUGAUUUUGAUUCUCCAACUCAGAUGGUGCGAAAACCACCUGGGAGGUAUUGUGAUUCUCUUGCUGUGAGUGAGGUGAAUGAGGAAAAGGAACGCUGUGAUCUUAAUCAAUCUGCCUGGAGGCAUGAAAUAAAACAUGAUACUCCCACCCAGUUGUUCAGAAGACAUGUUGAUGAAGAUGCACCAACACAGAUGGUUGCAGGAUGCAAUGAGCCAUGUGAUGUGCUGGAAGAUGAUGAUGAAAGUACCAGUGUGGAUUUGGAUGCUGCAACUCAGCCAGCCAAACGGGAUUCUGUGUCUGUUACAAAGGAGGAUGAUGAAGAUCUUGAUCUUCCAGCAAAGGAGGGUGAUGAAGAUAAUCACCUGGCACCAACAGAAGUAGUUAGAAAAGGUAAUGAAGAGUCUGCUCUGGUGAUUCAAAGGAAAGUUGAUGAUAUUGAUCAUGAUGCUCCCACACAAGCUAUCCAAUUACAUCAUGAAGAAGACUAUGAUUUUGAUGCACCAACUCAGGUGGUACGAAAGCCUUUUGGAAAGUGCUUUGAUUCUCAUGCCUUGAGAGAGAUAGAUGAAGAAGUAGAAAAUAGUGAUCUGACUGAAACUGCUAGAGAACAUGAUCUUAUUGACCAAGACACACCCACCCAAGUGGUCAGUAGAUGUGUUGAUGAUGAAGAUGAAGAUGCACAAACUCAGGAGGUACUGCAAAAUGCUGCAGAUUUGGAUGAUGCAGCUGCACAUACUAUUAAAAAGACUGAGAAAGAUAUAGAUCUUGAUUCUCCUUCAAAACCUACAAACCAAAAGGCCAAUGCUGGAAUUCAUGCACCUGAAGGUAUUGCUUUAGCAGAGUCUGAUACAAACUUGCAAGAGGACAAAGGAAGUUCCAGCACCAAUAAAACAGCACCAUAUGGGAGUGAUUCAAAAACCAAGGACACUGUCCUUGCUUCUCACUCCAGUAAGGAUCAUACUCCAAGAAAAAAAUUCAGAUUCAGAUACGAGCAAUCAAAGGAGUCAGGGGACACAGAAAAAUCAUCAAAUGGGGAAUCCCAGGGUCAGAAGAGCAGUUCUUCCCAGGACAGCCUCUGCAGUAGUGAUUGUUAUCUUCCUAUGUCAGCUCUGGAGAAACUGAAGCAUGCAGCUGAGGUUCAUGUGGAUGCAUUUAAUGAUGAGGAUGUUCCAACCCAAGGAUAUGAUGUAUCCAGUGAAAUGAUAACAAGUACCCCACCAGAGACUCUUGAGAUGGUAGAUCCAAAUGAGGAUGAUGGGGCAAGAGGGAAUGCUGAGGCAGGUUCCUCCCAAGUCCCUCCCUCACAGGAAUUGGCUGUUGGACUUCAGGAAUUGGCUGACUUGCAUGCAGGUGUUUUUCCAGAGUGUCCUCUAUCCUCAGAUCAGAAGGAAGAACUGGGAGAGGCUAGUACAAUGCAAAGUCAAGUUGGUACAAUGGAGAUCCUAGAUGGCUCAGAGGUACAAUCACGUCAGAUUGCAGCCAAGGAAACUAAAGAAGUGCCAGAGCAACUGGAUGAAAGAAAAAUUAGACAAGGUAGAAGGACCAAGAAGGGAGUGGAGGCCCUGGAAGGGAGUGACAGCUUAGAAGGCACAUCAGAAAGAAGAAAUCACAAGUCAACAAGAACAAAGACUAAACAAGAUGCAAGUAUGGUUGAAUCCAAGACUCUUAGUAAAAAGGACAGUGAGAAACAUAGAGAAGCACUUCAUGAUGAAGAAAUGUCCUCUGCAUCCCUGAGCAAUCAAGAAUCGGAACCAAAGAGCAGAAGCAGAAGAAUGAGAAAUCUGAAGGGGAAGCAAGACUCUGACAUUAAAGAAGGGAGGAGUGAUCAGCAUAAUCAGGAAGAAGAGAAUGGAGAAAGUAGUAUGGCUCCUCCUCCUACUAAGAAAGAGGAGUCUUGUGUUGGGGAGGAAUUGAAGGCAGGAGAGGAGGCACCAACAGGAAAAAACAUCAGAGGACAGAGACUCCCAGCAUCCCUAGCUGAGAACAAAAGUAAAGGGACAUCUGAGAUUCCUGUUGUGGGAAGAAGGGGCAGAACAGUGAAGAGGGAUAAGGCCAAGCCUGAAGAGGUUCCCGAGACACAGGAGGAUGCCUCUGUAUCUGAUGUGAACCAGGGAAGCAGGGAACCAGGAAAAAGAGGGUCCAGGGGGAAAAAGAGCCCAGAGGACAUGGAAGGCUCUGUCUCAAAUGAUUCUUCUCAGGGGAGAAGUAUGAGAAGUGGGAGGGCUAAGCAAAAACAAACUGAGGAACCAGAUUCUGAGAGAGAACAUGAAAUUGAACUGGAAGUAAAGGGGAAAAGGAAGAAGGUUUCAAGUCCCAGUGCUGGUAGUAGUGUUUUGAAUGCCAAGGAUGAGGGACGGAGUCUCAGAGGGGGAAAAGGGAGAAAAAUGGAAAGUAGUCAACUUGCAUCCCUGAAACAAGGACCAUCAGAGAAGCAUCAGGACUUGUCCACAAAUGUCAGACUGACUCCAAAGGAACCAAAAGAAGGAAGGGACAGACGGUCUCAAACCAGUUCAUCUUCAGUCACUCCCACCUGUGAAGUUCUUCCCUCUGUUAGGGACUAUGGACAGAGAAGAGGAAAGGUUAGGGGGAUGGGAAGAAGUCAGUCUGCUGCUGCUGCAAAGGGGCAUCAUGAUGUUGUUGUGGAUGCAAAGGAAACAAUUGACAAAAGGUCUGAUAAAGAGGGUGAAAGACUUUCCAGUUCAUCUUCUCUUGAUAAAGCUACUGGAAGAAUUGAAACCCCUGUGCAAUGCAAAGGACAGAGAGGGGGAAAAGGUAAGGGGAAAGGGAGAGGUAAACUGGCUACUGCAAAUGAGGAGCAUUCAGAGGAAGCACAGGAUAGGGUCACGGAGGAACAAGAGAUGAUGCAGGAGAGAUCAGAUGGAGAAGAGCAGCUUGUACUUGCUGCAUCUAGGAACACUCGUGAGACACGAGCCAGAAGCAGAAAUGAGCCAGUGGUAAGACCAAGAGAACCUUGGGGCCUUCGAAGUAGAGGAAAUGAUCAAAUUGCAAGUGAGGGGUACCCUGCUGUGGCUCUGAUAGGAGAAGAAGUUACUUCGACUUUAAAAAAGAGAAGUCAAAGAAUGAAGAAGGAGAAGCAGAGAGAAGGAAAUGAAAGGUUAGAAUCAGUGGAGGAAAAAGGACCAUUGAGGCGAUCAGGACGUGGCUCUCACUUAACAAGGCAACUUACUCCAGAUAGAGGAGUCUCUCCUCCAUUGAAGGCUGGGAGCAGGCUGAAGAGAUCAGUGGGUAAAAGAAGCAAUGCAGACAGGGAGGGCCAGGUAGAAGCUGGUCCUUCCUAUCAUCCCAUCACUGAUUCCAUGCAGUCCCCUCCUAAAAAAAAAGGUAGAAAGGAAAGAGCUUCACAUGAAGUGGCAUCUGCACAGGUUUCUGGGAGGCUCACACGAUCCAGAGAUUCCUCUGCUGCAUCCAAGACAUCUCUUCAUUCCCGUGACGAGUCCACGCAGCCCCUAAAAGUUGAGCCAGAAGCCAGUCCUUCACGUCGUUCUAUUCAAUCCCCUCCUAGGAAAAGAGGCAGAAAAGAAAUGACAUUGCAAGAAAAUGUAUCACCCAAGGGUUCAGGGAGACUCACACGAUCUAGAGGUUCAUCUGCUAUAUCCAAAACUUCUAAUCAACCCAGUGAUAACUCCAUACAGGCAUCUCAGAGAAAAAGAGGUAGGAAAGAAAUGGCAACUCCCCAGGAUUCAAAGAGAGUCUCACAACCCAGAGAUUCUUUGGCUUCAUUCAAAGCCUCUCAACCAGUUGUGGACUCCAGACAGAUGCCUCCAAAAAAAAGAGGCAGAAGAGGAAAGUCUCCAUCAGAAGAGAUAUCCUCUCAGGAUACAGAGAGACAGACACGAUCCCAAAGUUCUUCUGCCUCGCCUAGAAGGAGGAAUCCUAGAACUAUGAAGAAAGAGGCUAUAUUCACACCACCUAAUCCUAAAGAAAAAUUGGAGUCAUCCAGUGAUGUUAGCAGAGGGAGGGAGAAGUCCAGGCGUACCAGUUCCCAAAGAUCCUCUGUUGGCUCCUCCCCUGUUCGCAAAUCAUCUCGGGUGGAUGUGAGACCGGGACCGGGAGAUUGGAAGAUCAUGACGACUGGGAUCGUACUUCCGGAUCUCCUUCAGAAGGCCAUCACCAAUAUGGGAGGAAGAGUGACUACAGACGAGAAAGAGUUCAACGUCCUCGUGACGGAUUGCAUUCACCGGACGUACAAGUUCCUGGCUGCUAUAGCCAGAAAGGUGCCGAUAGUGCCCAUCACAUGGCUCACCGAGUCUAGAAUGCAGAGUGCCUUCUCUGAUCCCUGGAAGCACUUGUUGGUUGACAAACAAGGUGAACAGACCUUCAAAUUUAAUCUGGCUAAAUCCCUGCACAAGAAAGAGCCUCUCUUCUCCGGAUACAAGUUCUACAUCACCGAUGGCGUGCUACCCUCUCGCCAUAUCCUUACCAAUUUGAUCGAGAUGAGUCAGGGAGAGGUGGUGGAAAGUCUUCCUGCUAGACUCAAGGGUCUCCAGAUCGUUAUGGUAUCUUGCCCAGAGGACAAAGACCAAGACAAGAAGGUGAAGAAUGCUUGGGCAAAGGCCACAAGGGCUGGGAUCCCUGUCGUGCAGGCUGAAUGCAUUCUUGCAAGCAUCUGCUCCCAGCACUUUGAUGUGGACCAAAACAGACUUGGGUGAAGAAAGCCAACAUGGCUACUCGAGCGAGAAAAGCCACUGUGGCUCCUCGUCCAAUGAAUGGGAAAGUGAAGGUAAUUAAGUGAGAGAAAUGGAAAUGGGAUAAUGUAGUAUGCGAUGUGAUCGUGUCUCGUUAUUUCUGUGCCACUGUUGUUUAAUUUUCUUCUCAUAAAGUUCUUUCUUCUGUAA